AUGAAAAUUAGAAUGAUUCAAAUGGAUAUUGUGAGGUCCAUCCAAGACAACUAUGAGCAGUCCAUUCAACUUUCUAUUCGAAGAAGUCUUGAGGAUGUGGAUGUACUUAUUUUUCCCGAAAUGUUUUUGACGGGUUUUUAUGAAAUGAAAAAUAUUCGCACUCGCAGUUUUAAAAAGUCAUCCCCUGAAAUAAAAUUCUUCCAAAACCUCGCCUUAAAAACUUCCACUAACAUUAUCUUGGGAAGUCUCCCCUUAAUGAGGACCACAAAAAGUCUUUCAAAAUCCAUUCAAGAUGAGACAAUCCGUAAUACCGCCUUGGUGAUUAAUCGGUCAGGAAAGAUCAUCCACGAUUAUUCUAAAAUACACCUUUUCCCAUUGAUGAAUGAGGUGGGGAAUUUGACAAGUGGCACUCGGUUAAAAGUUUUUCAGAUAGAUAAUUUUUCAGCAGCCAUUAUUAUUUGUUACGAUCUCAGGUUCCCCGAACUACUUGUCAAUCUCCAUCGUGAUGCUUCUCCAGAUAUUAUUUUUGUGCCUAUGCAGUGGCCCUAUCCUCGAACUGAGGUUUUUCAAACCUUGUUGCAGGCGAGAGCGAUUGAAAAUCAGUGUUUCAUACUGGGAUGCAAUAGAGUGGGUGAGGAUCGAAGCGAGCGAUUUGAGGGGGGAUCAAUGGUGAUUUCUCCUGCUGGGAAGGUGAUUCGCAAACUUGGCAGAAGGAUGGGAUCUUUCGAUGUUGAAAUAGACAAGUCACAGAUCGCCAAAGAAAGAAGGCGAUUCAGUUUCUUAAGUCGUCAUAGAAAUUUUUCUAAAUGA